AUGAGAACAUGUUACUAUGAGCUUUUAGAUGUCCAACCUCACGCUGAUGAUGUCGAAUUGAAAAAGGCGUAUCGUCGUAAGGCCUUGCAAUACCAUCCCGAUAAGAACCCUGACAGCGUUGAAGAAUCUACUGAGAUCUUUGCCACAAUAAGAGCUGCUUAUGAAGUCUUGUCUGAUCCUCAGGAAAGAGCUUGGUAUGACUCUCAUAAGCAGCAAAUCCUGAGCGAUGAGCCCAUUGGAGCUGGACAAGACGGUGACUAUGAGUAUGAAGUAGAUUCAUCCGUGACAGGAGUCACUACAGAUGAGCUAUUGAUGUUCUUCAACUCUGCUUUGUAUACAAGGAUGGAUGAUUCACCGGCUGGCUUUUAUCAAAUUGCCGGGAAGGUCUUCGCCAAGCUUGCCAAGGAUGAAGUUUACAAUGGAAGAAGGUUGGGUCUUGGCAAGUUCAACUUGUACCAGGAUGAUUUCUUCGAAACGAAUAUAAAUUCAGAAGGUUACCUGCAAGCCUGCAGUAAAUAUGCGGAAAAUUACCAGAAGUCUUCUGACUCUAUGCUAUUUCCGCCUUUUGGAUCAUCUGCUACAAGCUAUGAAUAUCUAAAAGCAUUCUACAGGAAGUGGUCCGAGUUCAGCUCUUUGAAAUCAUUCAGCUGGAAAGAUGAGUACAUGUAUUCGAGGAACUACGACAGAAGAACAAAGCGAGAGGUCAAUAAGAGGAAUGAGAAGGCCAGACAACAAGCUAGAAGCGAGUAUAACAAGACCGUGAAACGAUUUGUUGCAUUCAUCAAAAAACUUGACAGGAGAAUGAAAGAAGGUGCCAAAAAGGCUGAAGAACUGAAGAGGGAGAAGGCACGCCAAAAACAAAAGGAACUCAAGGAUGCGUAUUUGGCUGAUAGAAGGACUAAACUUGCUAGCGAGUUUGAGCUCCAGGGGUGGCAGGCGGUAGAUGAGAAUAAUUUUGAAGAGAUGGAGAAAUUAUAUGCCAGCAAUUCCGACGACCAAACAAAUCUGAGCGCAAGCGACAAGGAGGAGGAAGAAAUUGUUGUCUACGACUGCUUUCUUUGCAACAAGCGUUUCAAAUCUGAAAAACAGUUGGAGAAUCAUUGCAAUACCAAAAUGCACAAGCGGAAGGUUGCUGAGGUCCGCAAGGAGAUGAAAGAGCAGAGCAUGACCCUGGGACUGGACGAUCUCUCUGAAGUGGAGGACUUUGAUUCUGCAGAUGAACAACCGUACGAGAGUGAGAAGCAAGCGGAACCCCAAGCAGAUGACGACGAAGGAGAGCAAAAUGAUGAAGACGAAGGGGAUAGCGCCUUAGACUCGAUUACUGAAGAGUUGGCGAAAAUAGAGGAACAACUAGCCCAGAUGACCGCUGAGCUGUCUGAAGAUUCUGAAAGCGAAGAAAGCGAAAACGAAGGCAGGGAUAGAAUACUCGACGACUUGCUGGCCUCCCUCAACAGUGAAGGCGGCACUGAUGAGGUCGAUUGGCACGACAAACGUGCGACAACAAACGCCAAAUCAAAGAAAACUAGCCCCAAACGAGAAAACGUCCGAGGAAAGUGCCAGCAAAACGGUUUUUCCCAGACACAGGUAUGCGCCACAUGCAACGAGCGCUUUGACAGUAGGAACAAGCUGUUCAAACAUGUGCACUCCAGCGGCCACGUGGCGCUGCGAGGCCAGCUCCGACCGGAUGUGCGCUCCAGCAAGAAGAUCAAGAACAGCAGGAACAGCAGGAAGGGCGGGAAAUGA